UCUUCCGCUCGUUAUCUACAACGCCGUACUACACACUUUAUUGUUGUUUAAUUAUUAUUAGCUCCACGGCAGUACUAUCUACGACCGUGAUUAGCGCUGCCGCUAUCACGAAACCAAUUGUUAUCAAAUAUUAUCCGCCAGUACCACGGGUCAAUACCGUUACGACGACAAUUGACCUACGCGGCGAUUAGGCGGACGGCAACGUAAAUUUUAUAUAGGUAUCUGUCUAUCUGAUAUAAUUGGUGUCGCCGCCGUCAACGAUUACACUGUUUUGUGUUCGUUUCGUUAUCGGUAUUGUCGUACUCGAACGAUUAGUUAUUGGAAAAUUAUCGAGGUUUUUUGUAAUGCGAUAUUAUAUUUUUUAGGCGCAUAAAAUAAUUUAUAUUUUUUUUUAUCGUACGAUAGUAAACACUUAAAAAUUUAAAUCAUUCGGAGUGUGUUGCUGAAUGUAUCGAGAUUAACGCUGCGUUAUUGUGCCGAGUUAUCUGUCGGUGGGCGUCAAUAAAUCACUUACUAAAGUAAUAUUUUUUUUUGAACACGAAAACCGAACUAAGACGUCUGCCUGGAGCGCGCGUUCGUCGCCAUCGACCGCCAUCGCCAUGGCUCACCGGCGACCGGCCGGCGGCACGUCUUCACCGUCGUCCGUCACUGCCAACGAGAACGCCAUUAGGCUCCUGGAAUCGUUGCAGAAUGAUUUCAAAUGCCUGUCCAUGGAGACGAAGAAAAAAUACCCACAAAUCAAAGAGGUAGGCAGGCUAUUGGAACUGUGAUACGUUAAAAUAUAUUCCACCUCAGUCUAGUAUAUUUGACUCGUUGGGGAGGACAAACUUUCACCGUACUUAAUAUUAAACAAUUAUUUCAGGCGUCCGAAGAGGCCAUAGUCAAACUAAGAAACUCCGCUGCUAUUGCGGCCGAUCACCUGCAACAACCCCAUCACCAUCAUCAUUUUCAUCAUAUAUAUUAUGUUGUCAAUCAAAUACUGUAUCCCGUGGUGCAAGGUUGUGAAACCAAAGAACCAAAAAUUGUCAAGGUUUGUACCUCUGUGUAUGAUUGGAAAAUAUUAGAUGAACUUGUACAAUUGUCUAAUAGUUUUUCGUUUUUGUUGUUAUUGUCUGUCAUCUUACUCUGGCAUUUUGUUUAUAGAUGUGCCUUGGGACCAUACAGAAACUGAUCACACAUCGAGCAAUUGAUCAAAAAGGCGCUCGUUACAUUACCGACACCUUAUGGAUGCUAAUGGAAUCAGGAACAGAGCAUGUUAAAGUCUUGCAAAGUGUAACUCUGUUGUUGACCACUGAUUGUGUGGUGCGUGGUGAAACGUUAGCUAGGGUAAUAAUCACAUAUAUACUUAAUAUCUUAUAAGUAUUUCAAUCUGACAUAAAAAUAUUGAAUAAUUAGAAAAGUUAUACUUAAAUCAGAUAAAUUAAUAUUUUUAUUUACUUAAAUAAAAUGUCUGUUUAUAACUAAUGUGUUACAGAAUCUGGUGUUAUGUUUUCGACUACAUUUUACUAAAGAUUCACCCUCUGUUAUUAAUACGGCUGGCGCCACAGUCCGGCAGUUAGUCGCCCUAGUAUUUGAACGUGUUUUAUUUGAAGAUGAACAGCUCGAACAACAAUUCACAGUCCAUCCUGAUAUUAAUAACGAGGAAAAUGUGUAUGACCAAUACCAACAGAACGGGACAGAGGAUGUCACUACAUCAGUUCAAGAUCAUCGAUCCCAUCAUAAUUACCAAUACAAUGGUAAUAACACUUAUAGUAGUGAUAACAUUUCUGCAACGGUUGCUGCAUUGGGCCCAUGUGCAGCAGAUGCAUAUCUCAUGUUUCAGGUAUUGUUUGGUGCAAUAAAUAUAAAUUAGUAUGUUUUAUAUUUUGUGACAUUUGAAUAUGUUAAUUUUUUCUUGUAGGAUCUCGUACGGUUAGUCAACACCGACCGACCAUAUUGGCUAGUUGGAAUGACGGAAAUGACUCGGACAUUCGGUCUAGAAUUAUUGGAGUCUGUAUUGUCCAAUUUUCAACCAGUGUUCUAUAAAGUAAUUAUUACUAAUAGUUUUCAUUGCAAAUUAUAUUUUUUUGGAGAUUAUUUGAUUACAAAAUAAGCCAAAUAUUUGUGUACAUUAAUAAUUUUAUUUGUGUGAUGCAAAUAUGCAAAAACAAAAAUUAACUAAAUAUGCAGUUGUAUGCAUUAUGGUUAUACUUAAAGCAUUAUUAUUUUUAUAAAUAAUUUAUGUUCAGUUUUUCAACUCUGCAAAUACCUUUUUUGGACGAUCUCUAAGUAUAUCAAAAUUUAAAAAAUGGAAAUUAAUUAUAAAAAUGUUCAGUAUCAUAUUAAACAAUUCUGUAUAAUUGUGUGCUAGACUUGGGCUGUGCAUAAAUGUAUUUAAAUUCGAUCAAAUAUCUAUUAUUAUUAUUUGAUAUUGUUACUCAUAUAUCAAUUAAAUGAAGUUUCAUAUAAGGGAUUUCACCAUCCUAUUUUCUAGUAACUUAUCAUUUUGCCCAUGUAUUAAUAUGCUAUAUAUUAAAGGAUAUAGAGUUCUAGGCUUGAUAAGAAAAAACUACGAUGCAUUCUCAGACCCUGUAUGUUUCAAAAUAUUCUUUAUUGCAUUAAUUAGAUUAUUAUUUUACCAUAAGUCAGUGAUAUGGAAACUCUAACAAAAGGUAUUUUGAGAAAAUACACAGAAUCCAGAGACACUAAGUUACUGUAUAAAAUAAUAAAAACAAUUUAAAUGUUACAAAUAGGGUUAGGAUUUAAAGGCAAAAUACUUUUUAAAAAUAAUUUUGAUAUAAAAAUGUGUUUCAUUUAAUACUGUGAAGAUAGAUGUAUUUUUCAUUUUUUGGCCUUUUUUAUUUAUAGAUGCCUUUUUUGUGUUUAAUUUUUAACUGCUCUGAUAGUCUUACACACAAUAUAUCUAUUAACGAUUAAAUCGAUAAGAUCUUGUGAAGACUGUGCAUUAUCCAUGUGACAUUUAAAAUUAUUUUUAGUAGGUUUUAUCAUUGGCUUUUUAUUAUAUUUAUCAUAAAUGCUUUAUCGAGUACCUAUUUGCAUGGUGUUUUAUUUUUUUUUUUUUUUGAUAUGAAUAAUGAAUAGUCAACCUUUUAACUUUCAAAAAUUAUUUCUGUUAGCUCUGGUAUACCUCAGGGUUCACACUUAAGGCUUUUAUUAACAUCUUUACAUUAGGAUCUAUGGUAAUUUUUUUUUAAUGUGUUAAUGUUCACUAAUGACAAUAAGUUAUAUUCAAUUUUUAAAAAUCACAAUGAUGCAAUUAAUCUCUCCAAGAAAUUUAGAUAUGUUUAGCCCAUGGUGUAACAAAAAUGUAUUACCUAUAAAUAUUAAUAAAUGCAAUGCUACUUUUUUGACUAAAAAAACUAUCCUUCAGUCUUUAAUUAUAAAAUUAAUAAUAUUAGCAUUAAUAAGUGGAUUUAGUUAGAGAUCUGGGUAUUUUCUUUUCCUGUAAUUUAUCUUUCUCUUUUAAUUCUAAUUUAAUUAUAUAUAAGGUAUUUAAAAUCUUAGGUUUCAUAUUAAGGAAUAAUAAAAAAUUUAAACAUGUUCAUGCACUAAAACCGCUUUAUUGUUCCCUUGUUAGGUCUAACUUAGAAUUUGGAUCAUUGAUAUAGAAUCAAAAUUUGAUUGGUAAACUUGUUUAUAAUGUUCAAUAUAAAUUCCUAAAGUCAAUUGCUUUCUGUUUAAAUUUAUCUACUUCCAAGGAUUCAAUGUCAUUAGUAGGGGAUUUUAUUUAUAUUCAACCAUGUGUGGUUAGACAUAAGCUCUCUGACCUCUUAUUGGAUUAUGAUUUUCUCAAUAAUAAUAUUGAUUACCCUAAUUUAUUAAGUAAGAUCAAUAUUUUUACUCACAGAUACUAGAUUAAAAUAUUUAAAUUUAUUUUUUGUACUUAUUUUAAAAAAAAUUUGCACCAAUUCUUUUUUUAAAUCAAAAGCUUUAAUUAUUUUUUCAAACUAAAACUUACUUUUAUAUUUUGUAGGUAUCACAUUACUUUGUUUUUAUAUCUUUAAUCAAACUAUAAUAUUACUGUAUGUAUUUUUUCCUUUUUUUUUCUUUUUUUGUUCUUGACUGUUAUCAUAUGUUUACUGUAUUUAAAGGGCUAUUGGUUUGUAAAAUGUUAAUAUUAAACAAUAAUAAAUAGAUCCAUAUAAACUAUAAAAAAAAAAUAUACAAAUGUUCAUAAUUCCUAACUUUAUUAAUAAUUUUCAAUUUAUGUAUACAUCUAUAUUUAUUUCAAGUGAGUAAUUAAUAAUAUUAUUGGUUAUAAAAAUUGAGAAUGUUGUUUAAAAGAAUUAUAUUUAUUAAGAAUACUAACAUUAAUAUAAAAUAAAAUACCAAUAAUAAUAUUAAUUGGUAUUUUAUUUUAUAAGAAUAUUAAGAAUUUCAGAAGAUAUUAACUAUAAACUCCAUGUUUUUUUUUUUUUUUUUAGCAUUCAGAAUUUGGUUUCCUGUUGAAAGAGAGAGUCUGUGCAUUGGUAAUAAAAUUAUUUUCACCCAAUAUAAAACAUCAUAGUGGCUAUACUAGUGGCAGAAGAAAUCCAAUUAGUAAUUCAGGGAACACAGUUUCUUCAAGCACAAAUAAUAACUCUGGUAUGAUGAUGGCUAGUAAUACUGGAAGUCCUACUUCUAAUCAUCGAGGAGAUGACAGACCCCAUUAUGCAAUUACAGUCAGAUUGUUGCGGCUUGUUUCCAUACUAGUUCGUAAAUAUCAUAAACUUUUGGUAUGUAUGAAUAUAUUUUUAUUAUUUAUUAUAAUUUAGAAAUAUAUCCCAGACAUACAAUUUUCCUCAUCAUUUAGAUGUACUUUGUUCAAUUUUGUAAUUUUAGUAACAUGUUAAUUUUUUUUUUUGAAAGUAUAUAUCAGUUAUCUAAUUAAUUUAAUUUGGUCCAGUUUAGGAAAUAAGCAAUUUCAUGUCUAGUGUGUAGCACUUACACCUAUACAGGGUGUCCCACAAAGAUAUACCCAUUACAAUAUCUUCUGAAAUAAUAAAGAUAAUCAAAUUUUCUUAUUUUAAGGACUAUAGAUAUUUAUAUUUGAAUUAAAUUUGUAUGUUUUAGUAAAAAACAUAAAAAAAUUACUUUUUGAUUUACUCUUUUGAAAAUGUUGAUAUUUAACUUUUUAUUUAUGAAAUUUGUGAUUCUUAAUAAUUUUAUAAAGUUUAGAGAAAAGGAGAGUAAAUAAGCCAUAAUUAUAAUAAAUUAAUUAGUGAAUGCAAUUACUACCUGCUGCAUAAUUAUUAUAGGUAUCUUCCUUUAAACUUUAAAAAAAGUAUUAGAUUAUUCAAAUAUUUGUAGUCCUUAUCCCUGUGAGUAAUAAAAAAAAAAAACUUUGUGCACUAUGUGCGCAUACUAGAAGUGAAAAUUCUUACGUUUAAACAGCUAGAUUAAAUUCAAUUUUUUUUAAUAUGGAUUGAAAUAAAAUGUUACCACUUUAUUCUAUCAUAAAGAUAUAAUAUGAUAACUGAAAUAGUGCGAGGAAAAAUCCAGAUUUUAGAUAGUUUGAAAAUCCGAAUUCUUGAAUUUUAUCAGACUUAAUAUACUCAGGAUAUGUUAUUAUCUGCAUUCAUAUAAGUAAUGUAUAUAUUUUCGUAAUCCGAAGAGUGAUCUUGAUAACAUAUUAAAAUUCAAAAUUUUAAAUGACCAGAAUAGAUUGAGUAUUGCAUUCAUAGAUAUAAAAAUGGUAUAUUCUGAAAAAGGGGUUCAACCUGCACUAUAUAUUAAAAUUUUCUCCGAAUGGUUUUCUCAUUGUAUUCACUCAGUGUCACACGUGUAUGUGAGUGUUAACAGCUGAUCAUGGUGCUGAUUAACUGGUGACUAAGGCCACUGUCACGUUUUUUUACCUUGAAAUUUUAUUCCCAGCACCCAUAAAAAAGUUUCACUUAAAAAAUAACCCAAUUUGAAUAUCUUUAUUAUCUACAGAGAUAUUACAAUGGGUAAAUCCUCCUGGGACAGUGUCCCAUGAAGAUUACUACAAUGUAAUAAUUUUUGUUCCAUUUAAUAUUAUGAAUUUUUUUUUUUUGGGGAUAUUUUCUAAAGCCUUGGGAUUCCAUUUUAUAUUUCUAUAAAUUAAAAAUAAAAAUUGUUUUUUACUAAAUCCAAGAUAGUUAUUUUAUAAACAAAAUUCAAGUUUUAUAAAUAUUUACUUAUUUUUAUUAUAAAUAUGAUGAAUAAAUUAUGUAGUUUUUAUAAUUUUUUGAAGUUUAUAAAAAUCAUUAAAUUUGUUUUUCAUAGAAAAAUUGUUAAAUCUAUUGAUUAAUUGAAGUUAAAGAUAAUUUAAAUUGUUUUCUUUGUAAUUUCUUUUAUACAUUUUAAAAAAUUGUAGAUAUUUAAUCAUACAUCAUUAAUAAAAUAUUGGACAAUCUUGGAUUUUGUAAAAACAAUUAGUUUAAAAAUUAAAAAAUUUUCUUUUAGUUUUAAUAAAAAAAAAAUGUAUGUAAAAUAUAAAACAAAGUAAUUAUAUCACAAGAUUUUAGUAAUUAUUCCAAAAAAAAAAAAAGGAAAAUGUAAAGACAUUAACAAAACAAAAGUUAUUGUAUUUGUGGAAUCUUGUGAAGACAGACACCAUGUAUUGUGUAUACUUAUAUAUUAUAAUAUUAUUACAACUUAGUAAUAUUAAUGAAUAAUUAUAUUAUAUAAUCUUAACAAAAUCGUUUAUUUUGUUAUUAUAUUUAAUUAUAAUUCUUAUCUAGAUCACAGAGAGUGAGAUAUUUUUGUCAUUUAUUGUUAAAUUUUUGGAUGCUGAUAAACCAGCAUGGCAGCGAUCUGUUGCCUUAGAAGUCUUGCAUCGAUUAAUUGUUGAGUCUGAUUUAUUGGCUGCGUUUUGUGCCUGCUAUGACCUCAAGAUUCACAGUACUAAAAUAUUACGAAACAUAAUUGACUCAUUGGCAUGCUACAUACAAUCCCUAUUCAAUCCUUCCUUAGUAAUGCCUGGAAGCAGUACUUUAAAUAAUGCCACUAUAUCGGGUGUGUAUAUUACAACAAUAACAUUUGAAAAAAAUAUUAUUUUUAUUAUAAUGUUAAUAGUAGAAUAAAAAUAUUAUAAUAUUGUGUGUUUAUUCUUCAGGAACAAGUAAUUCAGUUUUACAAGGUCAGUCACCAAGUAUGCUGGCUGGCAUGCCAGUCGGACCAGGCAUUUCACCACAACCAGGUUUUUUUAGUCGUAGUGGUAUUUGGUUACCAGUUGUCAUUCAAUUGCCUACAGGUCAAGCUAAAUCUAUUUAGUGAGUAUUAUAUUAUAACAUUUAUAACAUACUGUUAUUCUAAUAGUUAUUAGUUUUUUAAAAAAUUGAUGCAACUUAUAACUAAUGUAUUUACUUGAUACUGUGUAUAAAAAAAUAUGUGAAAAAAAUCUAAUUUUUCAAUUUUUUUUUGUUUUUUGAACAUAUAUAUAUAUAUAUAUUGAUGGUUUAAAAACGAUGGUGAAGUCAGAAUUCAGUGGACUGACUAAGUUUCAAAAUUAUAGCUUUUUAAAAUUCUAAUAUUUUAAGGAUAUUAUAUGUUAUGUUAAAUAAUUAAAUAUUGUCUUCUGUAAAGUGUAUUGUAUUUGUCUUAGAGUUUGUGAGUUUAUGCAUAAGUACAAACUUUUUGCAUUUUUUUCCCCCUUUUACCUAAACUAGAAAAAAACAAAUGCAUUUGAGUAUAUCUAGUGAUCAAUGCCAUUGCUCACUGGGACUAUUUUAACUGCAAAAUACCCUUACAUUUGUUGUGCAAACUUUUCUCCCAAAAAUCUUGCUCAAGUAUAACUUAUUUUUUAAAAGUAAAUUUAAUCUUCAUAGUAACUUGAAUUCAUUUUUUGGUUUCUUCAAGAGUUUCCUCAUCAAAUAUUAAAAGGAAAAAACCCAAGAAAAAAUGGGAAUAUGUAUGAAAUAUAUUAAUAAAAUAAUUAAGAUGUUUUUUUCUGUGGACAUUUCUACCAGCAAUUUUGCAUUAAUUUACAAUGAUAGCACUUUUACAAAAGGAAGUCUGGCUGGUGAGGUACUUUAAAAAGGUUAUUUUUUGAUUUUCUCAAGAGUUUUCCCAGCAAAUGUGAAAAACCAGGGAAAUCCGGGAAAAACAAGAAAAUCGGUACAAUAUCAAACAAAUAAUAUUGAAGAAAAUAUAUAAUACCUGUUUAAUUAUUUUACUAUAAUAUGACAUAUAUAUUGUUGACAAAUCAUCACUAUCACCUGAACUGCGCUCAAAAUCAUUUUUUUGGCAAUGGUUUAUCAUUGCUUACAAAUAUAAAUUAUAUUACCUAUAAAAGUGGCUGCACUUGACCCCAUUAUCCUAGGACGUUUUUUAUUUUGAUUUGGUUUUAUAUCAUAUCAUUUUUAAAAAACUUUAUGCAUAAAUAAUUUUUUUUGUGUUAUAAAAUAUGUAUUUAAAUUUUAAAUGGUUUAUUUCUUUGACUUGAUUAGUUUAUGAAUUACUUGGCUAUUUGAACCUAAAUUUUAAACUAUUUGUUUGCCCAAAAUAGCCUGGAAAUGAAUGACAAAAACGAUGAACCACCACAGGUAGCUGAUGGAUAUGGUGUGUCUGUGGCCUAUGCAUGUCUCGUUGAUGCUGUACGUGCUAUUCAGAUUGAAAUUCGACCUGACAUACAUCAAGGUGUCUAUACAUCUAAAAGUGACGAAAAGGAUCAUGAACGUGGAGAUGGUGAUGACACAGAUAAAAAAACUAACACCAUAGUAGAUGAUAAUCACAGUGAUGAAUUGACAGAUAUCAAAAAAUCGCCACUCCAUGAACAGAUAAUCAACAGUACUUGGUGUGGGCUUCUAUCCGCUUUCUGCACCCUGAUUGAGUCUUGGUUGGUAUUUUUAUUGUUAAUUAAAUAUUAGUUUAUGUACAUUGUGUGAGUGUAUGAAGGUUAGUGUUAGGUAGAGUAUGAUAUUUUUGAAUAUUAAAUGUUUCAAUAUAAUAGUAAUACAAUUAUUUGACAUCAAUUACAAGAUAAAUAAUACAGAAAUACAAAGAAUGGCUUUAGUUCUCUUUUCAAAAGCAAGCUUGUGCUGAGAGAGAGUUUGUGAUACAAGUCACCAUAAGAAUUAGAACAAAAUUUAUAAAAAAAAUAAUAGUAAAUAAUGAUAAUAGAAAAAUACUGAUAGUAUAUAAUAAAUUACAUGUUGUAAUGGAUAGUUGCAUCUUAAAAAGCUAAAGCAUAGAAAAGGCUAAAUUUACCCUAAUCUGUGCUUUAGACUUUGACCUAGAGCAGCUGGUACACAUAAUAAUAUUUAAAUUUAACAUAAUAAUAGAGCUAAUAUAGCAAUUCGCAUUUGGAUAUUAAUAAAGAAAGAAACUUAACAUAACAGUUAUUGAAACAAAACAUUAAUUAUAUACUUUUUAUACAUUUUGUAACUAUUAAAUUUAUAAUUAACACAAAAUUGAAUAAACUUAAAUUUUGGAAUUUGUUGUUCAAAUACAGUAUUCAUUUUAGAGACAAUGAUAUUAGUAUUGACCUUAAAAUGAGUGUUGUAGAUGUAUCAUGGAACAUCAAUGCAUAUUUUCAUUUUAUAAAAUAACAGACAAAUAUUCUUUGUGUAUAAUGAUUUUAAAAUUAAUAUAUCUAAUUCUUUAAAUAUUUAAUUGUAGGAAAUAAUGUGGGCUUAUUGAAUAUAAACUUAAAGUUCUAAUGGUUAUUAGUUCAUCAGUUAUAAGAAAUUGUUAGAAAUAUGUAAUUGUUAAACUAUGUUUCAGCACUGAUGAAGGUAUAACAGAAAACAUGUUGAAGGCAAUGCAAGCAUAUAUCGGUUUAUGUGGUCUGUUGGACAUGCGAGCACCACGUGAUGCAUUUAUCACAGCUGUAUGUCGUUCGUGUUUACCACCACACUAUAAUCUGACUGUAUUCAAUGGCCAAACCAACACUUGUUGUACAGAACAACAGUCAACACCUUCAUCAACUGCAUCAUACACUACAUCAGCAACAAUGUAUGAUCAUCAAUCAUAUAACACUGUUUCUGGUGGAGGUACAUAUAGCCCAGAAUCUGCUGAUUAUAAACAACAACAACAGGUCGUUGUAGCCGUUGGAACACCACUGGCCACUUCUUCAACAUUGCUUCAAGGUCUAUCAUCCUCUCAGAGUAAGAAUUCUAUAAUGUGCUCAUAUAUAUCUUUCAACAAAAUCUUAAUUUUUUUUUGUCUGUAUUUAGGUACAUCAAUACUAAACCAAGGGCCUGUCAUGUUAACUGCCAAAAAUCUACAAUGUAUGCGUGCUCUAUUAAUAUUGGCCCAUUGCCAUGGCUCUAUCUUGGGUUCUUCGUGGCACUUGGUGCUAACUACUUUACAAGUAUGAUUUUUCGAAAAUUAAAUUGUGUGUGAUUAAAUAUGCAUUUAUAAAAAUAAUAAUAAAUAAUGCAUUUAUAAUAAAAAUAUUAAUAAAUAAUGCAUUUAUAAUAUUAUAAUUAGAGUAAAGUGAUCUAUAAUAAUGUUUUGUAGCAUCUCGUUUGGAUAUUGGGAUUGAAACCCUCCACUGGUGGGAGCCUUAAGGCAGGAAAUGGAGGAUCAACAGGGACAACAAAUAGACAUGGUGGUGUUUCUACCACUGCUACUAACUCUGACAAUAAUCUAGUUGGUUCCUUAUCAAAUUCUUCAGGAACAGUAUCAACAACCUCAUCGUCAAAUGUAGCAGUUAUUACUACAGCUGUUAUGGCGGCAGACUUACCUGUACUCUCAACUAUGCUCAGUCAGCUAUUUGAAUCCAGUCGAUACCUGGAUGAUGUAGCACUCCAUCAUUUAAUUGACGCCCUUUGCAAAUUAUCACAUGAAGCCAUGGAACUCGCCUAUUGUAAUAGAGUAAUUCUGAUUUUAUAUUAUAUUUAUUAUAUAAGAUAUAAAUAUUAAAUAAUGUGUAAUCAAAUCUUUUAUAUCACUCUAUAAUUGGACAAGCAUUUAUUGUAAAUUAUAUUAUAAUUUGCAGGAACCAUCACUGUUUGCGGUAGCCAAACUUUUAGAAACCGGAUUAGUGAAUCUUUCACGAAUAGAUAUAUUAUGGAGACCUGUAACAAAUCAUAUGUUAGAUGUGUGUCAGCAUCCACACAUUAGGAUGCGCGAAUGGGGUGUUGAAGCAAUAACUUAUCUUGUAAAAGCAGCUUUGCAAUAUAAAUAUCAACCUCCAUUGAAAGAUAACCAAGUUAGUAUUGUAGUAAAGUAAACAAUUACCUGUGUCCUUUUAAAAUCUAGACUUUCUAUAUCAUGAAUCAUACGUUGUUUUUUUUAAUAAUAACCAAUUAAUUUUUUCUAUUAAUUUUAUUAAACACUACGAGGGCGAACCCAAAAAAACCGAACUAUUUUUGUACAAAGUUAUUUAUUUAAUUUUUUUACAAAAAAUAUUUAAUCUCCUUCAAAGUACUCUCCAUUGGAGUUAAUGCACUUGUCCAAUCUUUUGUUCCAAUUUUCGAAGCAAUUUUUAAACUCAUCUUUUGUGAUGCCUACCAACGCCUCCGUUGUUUUUUUUUAACUUCAUCAAUGUCCGCGAAACGCUUUCCUUUCAUGUUCCUUUUCAUUCUGGGGAAUAAAAAAAAGUCACAGGGAGACAGAUCGGGUGAAUAGGGUGGAUGGGACACAGUGGUCAUAUCAUUUUUGGUCAAAAACCGCUGUACAGAAAGGGCUGUGUGAACAGGAGCAUUAUCGUGAUGAAAAAACCAGUCUCCUGACUGCCACAAAUCAGAUCUUCGCCUCAAACUGUUGCGUAAUCUUUUUAACACCUCUAGGUAAAAUGCCUGGUUAACUGUCUGACCAGGUGGAACAAACUCCGAAUGGACGACUUCUCUCACAUCAAAAAAACAAAUGAACAUUGUCUUAAUGUUUGACCUCACUUGACGAGCUUUUUUAGGGCGAGGCGAUGCUGGAAUCUUCCAUUGGCUCGAUUGUUGCUUGGUUUCAGGAUCAUAUCCAUAGCACCAUGAUUCGUCACCUGUAAUGACCUUGGAAAAGAAGUUUGGGUCAUUUUGGAAUUCUUCUUUCAAAGAAGAGCAUGAUUCCACGCGGCCUUGUUUUUGCUGCUCAGUUAGCAGUCGAGGAACAAAUUUUGCAGCCACCCGUCUCAUCCCCAAAUCUUCACUUAAAAUUCUCUGUACUGAACUCCAUGUCACACCAGAUCUCUCUACUACUUCUUCGAUGGUUUACCGUCAAUCUUCCAGGAUAAUUUUGUGAAUUUUUUCUACAUUUUCGUUGGUUCGCGCUGUCGAAGCGUCAAAACGUCCAGAGCGAACUUAGUCGUCUAUAGACAUUUUACCACUUUUGAAACGGGAAAACCACUCAAAUAAUUGAGUUUUCCCUAAAGCAUCACCUUUGUAAGCUGUUUUCAACAUCUCAAGGGUUUCUGUGCCUUUUUUCCCGAGCAGGAAGCAAAACUUGACAGCCCCGCACUGUUCACGCAAAUCAGCCAUUACAAAAACAAUAAGUACGAAAAAUAACUUUUGAAAAAAAUAUCACACCAACGUAACACAACCUUCCACGAUGACAUAUUGGCAUAUUGAAUGUUGAGAAGUAUAUACACCCCUACCAGAAAAAAAUCGGUACUACUAAAACUCUGUCCCACACAACAUCAGUUCGGUUUCUUUUGGGUACGCCUCGUAUUUUACAGUAGACUUUUAGUAAAAUAUAUAGUUUUUAAAAAUUACAUAUUACUUUAUUUGUUAAAAUAUUUUCAUCAAGUUAUAAAAACAACUUUCCUUCUUAAAUUAUUGGUAUUUGAGGUUUCAUUAUAAUAUUUAGUGUAAAUAUUAAAAUUUAUCAUCAUAUGAUAAUAUUGUAGGUUAAGGUCAGUUAAGUAAUUUGUUGUUUGAUUAAUGAUUUUUUAAUUAUAGAGAUUGCAAACAUUAUUGCUUAGUCCACUUUCACAAUUAUCUUUCAAUUUACAUGGUGAUGUUCGACAACGACAAUUGGAGUGUGUAUUACAAGUAUUACAUAGUUCUGGUGAAACAUUAUCACAUGGAUGGCCAUUGGUAUUAAAUAUAGUAGGAGCAGUAUCAGACCGACAUGGGUAUUGCCAUAUUUUUUUUUGAUGACAUAAUGUAUUAAUAUUAAAUAGAUAUUUAAUAGAACUGAGGAGUGAUUAGAAAAAAAAUUACCAGGAUUGUUUUUUAAAAUAAAAUUAUUAAUUAAAUAUCUGAUCUAAACAAAUAUCACCAAAGUCUAGAUUGGUAUGUAUUUAAAAAGCUUAAAAUAGUAUACAUUUAUGUUGUAAAACAAAUCUUGGAAACUUGUACUUUAGCCAAAUAAUAUUAAUAUUCAAAAUGUGUGUUUAUAUGAAACCCAUUUUUUUUAAAAUACUCACCCAUAAAUCAUACUUUCAAGUUAAAUAAAAAAAUUAUUUAUGCAUUUUCACAAAAUUGAUAUUCAAUCUUAAGAAAAUUAAAAUAAAACAAAUGAAUAUGAAUAAAUUAGUUAUUUUAUAUUUUAAUAAAAUAUUAAUAUCUAAAUAUCUAUAUUUUGUUUAAGUAUAAACAAAAUAAUUUAUUAUUAUUAUUAUCAAUUUAACAACUAAAUAUGUACAAUUAAAAAAAAAAAUGUAUUAAUAUAAUCUUUAAAUAAAUUAAAGUAAUAAGUUAAUGUUAAAAAAAUUCCCCAAUAUAUUGAUUAAAUCAUACAUUUGUAUAAGAUAAAUUGUAUAAAAAACAAGAACUAAAACUGCUGAUGGGUUUUUCAGGCGAGAAAUUGGGAAGGUAGGAUAUAUAUAAUAAUUUAAUAUAUAUAUAUAUAUGUACAUUGUACACAACAAUAAAUCAUUGCUAGCAUAAACUGAUUUUGAGCAAAGUUCAGUUAAACAUGUUUUAAAAUACUAUAAUUUUUACUAUUAGUAUUAAAAUUUAAAGUUUUUCCUAAUUAUUAAUAAAACUAUUAGAAAAAUAAAAAAAUAAUCUCUAUGUACCAAAUAGACAACAAUUGCUACCAGUAAUUACCCUAUAUAGUGACCAGAGCAAUAUUUCUGGUAAAAAAGUUGUUGACAGACAAAUAAUAAAAAAAACAAUUACUAUGAUUUGUUUUCUCAUGAUGUAAUUAAUACAGUCCUAAAAGCAAGCUUUUCUCAGAAUCUAAAAUAAUACAAUUUGUAAAAAAAAAAAGAAUUAUUACUUCAUUGGAUUUUUUUACAUAAUAUGUAGGUUUCUUUAAGUAUAAAAAUACAAACAAUUCCAGACUUUAAUUAUCACAUAAACCUAGCCACUUUUAACUACAUCUGGUAAUCCGGUAGAUGUUGGUAAUUAAAAAAAAAAAAAAUUGGAUUUUAAUUAAUUCUUAACAUAGUCCUGUUAUUUAGUUGUUAUUAUUUUUUUUUUUUGCUCACACCUCUUAUAACUUGCCUAUUAAAUUAAAUUUUGUACAUAAUGAUAAAAUAUUAUUAUUAUUAAUGUGUGUAUUUUACAGAGAGAACUUGAUAAGAAUAGCGUUUCAGUGUCUGCAACUAGUUGUUACCGACUUCCUACCAUUAAUGCCAUAUAAAUGUUUACCAUUGUGUUUGGAAACCACUGCUAAAUUUGGCAUGCAGACUCGUGAACUCAAUAUAUCAUUGACAGCAGUGGGGUUAAUGGUAGUUAUUUUUUUUUUAUCUCUGACAAAUAAAAGGGAUUUUUUUAUUUCUUAGCUAUAGUCUAUCUUUACAUCAUAUCAAGACCAAAUAAGCUUACUAAUACAAUACAUUUCAGUUUGACUUUUUAUUUUAUAAUAUUUUUAAAUAAUUUAAACACAAUAUGAAAACAAAUUGAAUUUAAUAGUACUUACAUUUUGCCAUAAAUGUAACAUAAUCAUUACUUUAGUGGGUGGUUUUGACAAGAUGAAGUCACUUUGCAUUUUUUCAUUGGUUUUAGUGUAGCACUUUAGUAAAAUUAGUCAGCCUAGGAAUGCUAAGGCGCUUCCUUCGUGUCAGUCUUCAUUUGUGCAACAACAUUUUAUUAUUGUUAUUUAAAAUUAAAACUUAGUUAUUGAUUUCUGGAAUUUGGUUCUAGAAAAAGAAAUGACUAAAUAUGGAAACAUGUUCCAUAUAACUUAUGUUCAUAUGCCCUCACAGAUAUAGAAUGUAUUCGAUUAUAAUUUUUUUAUGUUUUGACCACUCCUCAAAAACAAAAGCUAGAAUUCAACAUAAAAUUCUAUUAUUAUUACUGGUUUUUUUUUUUCAAUACUUAGUAUUUUUUCUACUCAACAAGUUGAAUUCAAUAGUAAUAUUAAUAGUAAGAUAUUAUGUACAUUUUUGUUGAUUAUGAAAUUAAUUACUGCAUUUACUUCAUAUAAAGGGGCAAGGAGAUCACUGUAAAAUUUAUCUGAUAUCGACCAAUGAUUUCUAAACUAAAACCAUCGUGUGGUCUCAUAUUUUUCCUCAGUUUGAGCACUAAUUAUAAUUGAUUAUACUGUAAUAAAUAAAUUUAAAAAAAUGAGAGGGGUUAUAAAAAUGUUAAAUACUCAAUAAGCUACUUAUAUUAUGUAUUAUUUAUGUAUUGCCUUUUACAAAAUUAGGAAAAUGUUAAAUAUAAUAUUAUUAACUUUUUACCUAUUGUAAACAUAUGAGAAUCCUCUUCAAAAGCUGUAGUAAAAACAGAGAACAUAGAAAGUGAAACAUGAAUAGAUUAAUAAUUGUUUAUAGCAAAAUGAACAAAAAUUUAAAAAAAUUCAUAAUUUGUAUUUUAGAUUAUUUAUAUUAAUCAAAUGUAAAAAAAACACACAAAGAGACUAAUAAAACGAAACUGAUCAUGACUCUGCCUUUGUUGAGUGAGUUAUGUAUAUAUAGAGCAAAUGUGAGAAUAUUUAUUUCUUUAUCUAGCUAACUUUAAUUUAUUUAAUAUAUUAUAUUAUUGGUAUAACCUUCACACAGAUAUCAAGUUGCAUUUUUUACAUAUGAUUAACAAACUAAUAAAACUAAAUAAUUGAUAAUAGAUUUUAUACAAUAAAUAUAGUAUAACUGAUUAAUUUUAAAUUAUGGUAUAAUAUACAGUAUGCAAUAGUAUAUAUUAUAGACUCAUUACAAUAUUAUAUAAUUUUAUUAUAGACAUUUCCAAAUAUAGAUGGUUGAACCGGUUAAUAGGUCUUAAAGGUUGUUAUUAUUAUUUAACUAUAUUAUAAUUGAGUUGGCAACAUACUGGGUGCAGCCACUGUUGUAGGUGGAAAGUUGGAAAGGUAGGAUACAGAAAAGAAUUUAAUGUAUAUCUGUAAGCAAUGAUAAACCAUUGCUAAUGAAAAAACAGCUCCGAGUGGAAUUCGGUUGAUAGUGAUGCUUUGUUAACAAUAUGUGAUAUUAUGGUAAAAUAAUUACAUAUGCAAUAUAUAUUAUCUUUAAUAAUAUUUGUUAAAUAUUGUAACUAUUUUCUCGGUUUUCCUAUAUUUGUCCCAUCUAUUCCGAAAGCUAUUGGGAACAUCAAAAAAUUACCUCCCUAAAGUAACUCCUCAGUCUGAUUUCUUUUUAGAAAAGUGUCCAUAGAUAAAAAAAAAUAAACAUCUUUGUAAACCAAAAGCUUCUUCGCUCCACUCAAAAUGUAAAAUAGAUAUGCAAUUUAUUAACCUUCCCUACUACUCCAGUCUAAAUUUUAAACUAUUAACUAACUCAUAAACUUUAAAUCUAAUAUUAUAGUUAUGCAUGUUAAAAUGUCUACAAACAUUUUCUCUAUUCAAAUCUAUGUUAAAAAAAGGGCUUUCCUAUUUGAAAAAUAAAAGUAUAUACCUGUUUAAUGUACAUGAAAUAAGGGUAAAAAAAUUAAAAAUGAUCUUAAAAUAAAGUUUACCAGAUUCCACUAUGAUAAAAAAACAGAAAUUGCUGGUUCAUAAUAAAAAAUAAAUCAUCCUGAAGAUUUGGAAUACACAAAUAUAUUAUACCGUUCUAGUAACUCCAACAAUUUUGUUGUUUUUUUAUAUUGCAUUAAAUGGUGAAAAAAUGUUUGCUACUUAUAAGAAUGUACAAUGUUGUGAUACAAUUUAUUGUUUUUUUUUUUUAGUGGAAUGUGGCUGAUUAUUUUAACCAAAACAAAGACAAAUUGCAUUGUAAUAACAACAGUGAAAAUAUCAAUAAAUUGCCAGGAACUCGCAAUGCCAGUGGUGAAACAACUGAUGGUAACUUUGUGGAUCAGGAGACCUCGGUGUCUGACCCACAAGAACUGAUAUAUCCUGAUUUUCCUGGUGUUACUAUGCUAGCAGAAAUGUCUGAAUUCGACAAACUGUGGAUGUGUUUGUUUACUAAACUGGGUAAAUACAAAGUGUAUAUAAUAUGUUUUAAUGCCAUAUAUGCUUUAAUCAAAUUUAUUUAUAACAUUAUAGGUCAUAUAAUUUUUCAAUUCUUUUGGGUUACUUUAUAAUAAUAUAUAUAAUUAUAUUAGUACCUAGUAAAAUAAAAAGCUACAACAUUUUGUUUUGACUGUUCAACUUGUUGAACUCAUUUAUGACCAUCACUGCAACUAAUAAUUCUCCUUUUUAUCGUUAAAUACCUACAGAUCCAAAUAUGUUUCUUUCCCAUACUGCUAAUAUAUUACCAGUUUCUUUUAUUGUGGAUCAAGUUGAUGUUUAUUUUAUACAUACAAUUACUUUACAUAUUUAUAACCUGUAGUAUUGGGUUUUUCGCAUUGAAUUUUUAUUUAAAAAAAAAAAAAUCCAAAUACUAUAUUUUGCAAUUAUUAUUAUUAUAGGUGAACUGUGCAUUGAUCCCAGACCGGCUGUGAGGAAAUCAGCAGGACAGACGUUGUUCUCAACAAUUUCAGCACAUGCCAACUUGUUGACACCAUCUUCAUGGAAUGCAGUCUUGUGGCAGGUAAUGUUCUUGUUGCUUAGUUCUCUGGGAGUCUUACACCAUUAUUAAUUGUUAAAAUUUAAUACAUGUAUAGGUACUGUUCCCGUUGAUGACAAAGGUGCAAGAUUUUUGUGAAUCAGCUAGUGAUUCUACGUGUAACACAGUAUCCACUGCUGAUUGUCCUGGUGGUGGAAGUUUAAGCAGUAAUGGGGGUUCAGCAGGUGGUACAAUUUUGAUUCACCAUUCACGGAAUACAGACCAAAAACAAUGGGCUGAAACACAGGUUAGAUAAAUUAUUUAAAAAAAAAAAAUCACUACAAGAGGAUAAAAUUUCCGUUUAUUUGUGAAAAUUUGAAAACAUAAACCUAUGUAGCAGUGUAUUGAGCUAGUUGAUAUUACAAUGGUAAGGCUAACAGAAAGAUUGGUAUAAUAGGUAUAGUGUACAAGUCAAUAAUAAUAUAUUAAUAAUUAUAUCUUAUGCAUAAUUAUAGUUACAAAAGUAGGUAUUAUAUAAUAAUAUCUACCUUAUUUUUCUUUGCAGUAUUUGUUAUUUUUAUAAUUUAAACAAAUGAAAAAUUUACGUCAGUUACUAAUACUAAGCAAAAUAGUAAAUGACUUGUGUAAUAUCUCACAAGAUGGCAUACGUAUCACUUUUUAAUAAAAAUUACAAGCUUACUUUAUAUUAUUUACAAUAUUGCAAUGGUAAACAGUAGCUUCGAAAAUAAUAUUUUGAAUCUUUAAUAUUAUUAUCGUCGCUAUAAUACAGAAAACGUGAUGUAAUUUUGAAUUUUUUUAUUGUACCAAAGGUAAGUACGCUGUACGGUUUGGCCAGGGUGUUUAACGCGGAAAAAUACUCAAUGACCGUCGGCGGAGAUUUCGUGAAAGCGUGGGCACUGUUGUUGGAGUACAUGGAAAACGCCGCUUCGAACAGAAACGUGGAGGUUCGCAUCAACAAUUUGUUACUUAUUUAUUUUUUUGUUAUUUUGGCCUCUCGGACGCCAUCCCGUCGAAUAAAUAAUUCGUUCCUGUUUUCGGCCCCUUUUCUUCAAUCUGGUUUUCGAUCCACCGAAUUUACAUUCCUUUUCACACCGUUUUUCCAUCUUAGACGAGGCCUUUUUUUUUUUUGCUAUUGUAUUAAUAUACACUUCAAUUACCGCUCUUAUCAUAUUAUACAAAAUCGUAUUUCCGCAAACCAUCAUAUCCGACCCAUAUCAGUCGUAUAAUAUUUAUUUGUCUAAAUGAAUUAUACAGUUACGUAGGCACGUUUUCAGUGCAUUGUAUCUGAUGCCCUCUUCUAAUCGUUUGUACGCGAUUAUUAAUUUUCAAUAUUCGUCGACAGACGAGUGUUGUAUUAAAUGAUACUAACUGUACUAUUGAUGGGAAUAAUCCGGAUUCGCCGAAGUUUGGUAAUCCGGACUUUUGGAAUUCGGAAUUAGAAAUGUAUUUAAAAGCCGAAUUUUCGAUUUCGAAACUUGAUUUCGAAUUGUUUUAGCCGUUUUCUGUAUUGUUCAAAAACCAAUCGUAAUUAUACAUUUAUUUAAUGUAAUACGAAAUUGAAAAAAAAAAAAAAAAAAACUUGAAAUUCAAAAUCCAUGUUUAGUUGUCCACAAUCCGAUAAUCCGGAUUUACGACACCAUCGCUAAUACUAACAUCGGGGUCAUCGAAAUUUCCAUUGCUAUCGCGUGUGCCGCUUAUUCGACAGAAGAAUAAUUUACGUAUUCUACUCGUCUAAAGUAAUUAUGUCGAUAUUCGGCGAUCCUCUCGUCGUGUUCGUUUCCACCGGUGCGCGCGCGUAAAUCCGCGGCCGGUUCCGGCGCGCCGAGUUUUCCGUGGUUUCACGCCAAACGUGUCGUUCGGUGUUCUAGGUAUCGCUCGCCGGUCUCCGUUCGUUGCACGAACUCUUGGUGGUGUACAGUGCCAAUAACGUGCCGGGCAACGGUUGUCAGACGGCGGCACAUAACGACAACAAUCCGGCCGCGAAAACCGGCGGCCCGGCGAACGUCCAGUCGCCGCUACCGAAACCGGCGAGUCCGUUGUCGUCGAUCGAGGACGAAAUUUGGGCGUGCACGUGGACCGUGUGGAUACGCAUUGCCACGGCGUCCACGACGACGGCCGUAGCCGAUCUCAUGGCCAACACGCCGCUGCCGACGACAACGACGACGACGACCGCGACCGCGAGCACGGCGGUCUCCGGCAACAAUAACAAUUCGGCGACGGUAAAAGAUCGCCGAAUACGGGAAUGUCAAUCGCAAUUGCACAACCAGACGCUGCAGCACAAGCAACAGUUUCUGACGGCCCUUUUGCAAAUAUUCCCGUUGAUAUUCACGCGCAUUAAAACCAGGUAAUAACAUAAUACGUCAUAGUGUUAUUACUACAUUCAUUUUACUUCUUCUUGUUCCAAGUGUAUUACCUCUGCUUCUUCUUCUUCUUCUACUUCGCGUUCGUCCCGACUAUUCGGGGUCGGCCACCGUGGCCCGAAAUUUCCGUUUGACACUUGACCCCCGCCGCCUCUCUUGUUUGGUCUCCCGCCUUUAUUUCCUUCGUCAUUCUUAGGUACCACUUCCGAUUCCACUGUCCUCCAUCUCGGUCUAUUUUAUUUUAUUUUAUUUUUUUUUUUCGUCUACUAUCGAUGCUUAACGCAGCCAAAAUAAUUUUUUUAUAUUCUCAAUUUAUUAAUGUGCCCCAUAAAAAGGACGUGUUCUUUCCUGAAACUGCGUCACAUGUAAUCGUUCCUUAUCCUAACUUCUCUCGCUACUCCAUGCAUCUAUUUCAUUCGUUGCCGCAUUCUCUGUUCUAUUUUUCUGUCAGCCGCCCAACAUUCCGAACCAAGCAACACAUGUUUCACCGCACUCUUGUAGAACUUAACACAUCGGAAUGCUCUUGUCGCAUAAAAAACCCGACGACGCUUCUCUCCACAUUAUCCGACCACACUUGAUCCUAUGAUUCACAUCCUCGUCAAAUCUCCCAUUAUUUCGUACAGCAUAUCCAAUGGGUACGUAAAACUCUGAACUUCGCCUUAUUACGUCACCGUGGCUCAUUGUUGUUAUCCGUCUUGUCCCGUUUCUCCAACUCAUACUCCGUUGCACUUUUAUUUAUGUCACUAGACCCCGUGUUGAUUUUGAACCUUUCUCUUCUGCCCUAUUAAGGUUCACCGACGGCGAUUUAAAAGACCUGUUCCGCGUGUUGGACUCGGCGGCCGCAUUCGACGGUUCGGCGUUCGUGGUCAUGUCCGAAGGAAUCCACCACCAUCACCUCCACCAUUAUCACCGGGAACAAAUACAACAGCAGAGCUACUACGGCGGGGGCUACAGUCAACAGCAGCUGACACGGUUGCAAGACGAAAUCUUGCAGUGUCUGGAAACGUUGGAACGGGAAACUCUGUUGUUCGCAGACGACGAACCGGCCAACCCGACGCCCGGUGCGGCCGCCGAUCGCGCCCCCGCCGUCCACGCGGCUCGCGACGGCGAUAAGAAAAGUCUAAAGCACGGACAGCGUACGAAGUUGGUCGAACGGUUCCUUUGUCCGCUGUUCGAUCAGCUAUUGAAAUUCUGUCGUUUCGUGUGCCCGCCGUCGUCACACUUCGCCGCGGUCAACGGGCCUGCCGGCGGCAAUUCCGGAGUACAACUGUCGAACGGCGGCAACGGUACGGCCGUCGACCAUUUAAACCAUCAUAAUAAAGUACGUAAAGUAACGACCGCGGUGUACGGGUUACCGGUACGCUGUCAGGUUAAUAAUAUCCCGCGAUACAAUAAUAAUAUAAUACCUUGUAUAGUUCGCGUGGGCGAUGGCGGUCGAUUCCAAUUACGUGGCGUUUGGCGAGAAAGCCGUGCUCAUGGUAGUCGAUUUAUACGGAAUGACAGCGGCCGAACCGUGUGUCGUCAAAGGCGAAAUUCUCAGGCAAAUCAUCGAGGUGAGUGAUAAGCGAUACAUCGAAAACCGAAGUUUUAUUUGUUAAUACAGCGAAAUCGAUGUUUGCUGUAACAUUAUUCAACACACAUACCCAUAGGUAUACCUACCCGGUUAAAAUUUAAACAAUUUACGUGGUUUUCGCUUGUCGCAGGUGUUUUCCGUGCCUUUGGCAGGUCGAUACUCCAACCAUCCUACGCCGGCGUCGACGUUUCACUGCUAUGCGGAUGUUGGCGCCGCGUCAGGAACCACUCAGCAACAGCAACAACAGUACCUCAUGUUGGUCCGGCGGCGACUGCAACAGCAACAGAACACGUGGAAACUGUUAGUAGUGGGCCUAAUGAACGUUUUGUCCGUGGGCGUGCCGUUGGCCCGGGAUUACCGUGGCGACGAUUACCUUUCCAUAUGGUCGCCACUAGGCUCCGUCCUUGAAGACAUACUGUUUCCGAAAAAGUUUGUAUACACCAUGCUAAUGGCCAUAUUGAUAUUAUUCUUGGUUGCUACUCUUUCUGGACACGUGGAAAAGUUCUGGGAGUUUGUAUUUAGUUAGGGAAAUUGAAAAUAUUUCAUGAUAAUUCCUGGAAGUUUGCAAUUUGAUAUCAGGUUGAGGGUUUUUUCUAUCAAACUAAUGUUUAUGGCAAUGAAACCAAAUAAUUUUUUUAAACAAUUAACACAAAUUUUAUUUAAAUUAUAGUUAAAUUUUACUGCCAGCCAAAGAACCUGCUAGUGAUUAUAGUUAAAAUUAUAUAUUUAUUCUAUUAACAAAAUUUAAUUGGUUUUCCAAUUAAUUAUGUUUAUUUUUUAUAAAACUUAAUAUAUAGAUGUAGUAAAUAAAUAUAUAGAAUUAAAAAAUGAAUAAAUUAAUACCUGUAAUAUUAUGGUAAAUGUAUUAUACAACCAGUUUCAAAUUAAAAAUUCAUCAUCAAGUUUUUAGGAGUGUUAACCAUUUUAAUAAUUUUGUUUUUCUUCUUUCUUGGGUUAAUCGGCCGCUAGGAUCACCCCAUCUCACAACCAAUUCUCCAGGCAUCUCUAUUCAUCGCCAAAUCCUUCCAGUUUGCUCCGCCUCCUAAGUCUUCUAUAUCUCUCUUAACUAAAUCUUCCCAUCUCAAUUUUGGUCUUCCCAAAGGCCUUUUUCCUACUGGAUUCUGUUCUAAAUCCAUUCUUAGUAAAGAGUUCUGGCUUCGCAUUGCAUGUCCUGCCCACAGCAACCUUUUUUUCUUGAUCGUCUCUGCUAUGUUAUUUUCAUUAUUUUUCCUUCUUCUCCACUCUCCUGUGAUGUUAUCUUUUAUUGGACCGAAGAUCUUUCGUAAUAUUUUCCUUUCUAGUAUUAAAAACUUAUUCUCAUCUGAUUUCCUUAAUGCCCAGGUACAAUAUCACUGUCUCUUUAUCUCUCUUGAUAAUGAUUUAGAACUUAAUAGUUUCUCCAAACCAUAAUAAGUCCUGUUUCCCGCUUGGAUUCUCGCGGCUACUUCCUUGGUGAUAUCAUUUUUUUCAGUCACAAUUGAGCCAAGAUAUUUGAAAGAAUUGACUCUCUUAAAUUUAAAAUGAUCUACCUCUAAAACGUGAUCCAUCCAAUUUUGUCUACCUAUAAUCAUAUAUUCAGUUUUUUGUUCAUUAAUUUGUAGUCUUACUUUCUGUGCUGUGUCAUUAAGUCUGUCAUAGAGCCGUUUAACUCCAGCUUAAGAUUCGUUCAUCAGUACUAUAUCAUCGGCAUAUGCCAAUAAUGCGGAGUUUUAUUCCUUCGUGGGGUUCAAUUUUCAUCCCUCUUAUUACUUUUUCCAAUACCAGGUUGAAGAGAAUAGGUGAGAUGGAAUCACCCUAUCUAAGGCCGGAUUUUACUGUAAUUUUGUUUUUACUUUAUUAUUUUAUUAUUUACGGCGUUCAUACUUCCCCCUUCUAUGGAAAUUUUCAAACAUAGUUUUAAUUCCUAAACCAAAUAAACCACCCGAUCUGCCUUCCUCGUACAAGCCAAUAAGCCUUUUACCUUUUCUAGCCAAACUAUUAGAAAGAUUAAUACUUAAGAGGCUAUUACCUUACAUCUCUAAGUACAAGAUCCUACCAGACUUCCAAAUUGGGUUUUUGUUCAGAGCAUAGUACAAUACAUCAGGUGCAUAGAUUAGUUGACGCAAUUUCAUACUCCUUAGAAAAUAAAAUAUUAUUGUACUUGCGCCUUUCUUGACAUUAGUCAGGCGUUUGAUAGAGAACAAAAUUAAAAAAUUUGUCUCCCCAUGUAUAUUUUUAUUACUUAAAUCUUAUCUAAACAAUUGCCAUUUUCAAAUCCGAUUUGGAGAAAAUAUUUGCUUAAUUUAUUUUGAUUUGUAUUAUAAAGUACAAAAAAAGUAGCGGAAUUUAAAAUUGAGUAUUUAUUAUUACCUAAUUUUGUGUAAUGUAAUUUUUUUUUCUGGAAACCUGGCAACUUUCAAAUUCAAAAAGAGUGGACACCCUUUUAUUAUUAUCAUCAUCAUCAUCAUUAUUGUGUACCUAUAUAAGAUAUAUUUUAUUUAUAAUAUGUUAGUUUUCCAAUCUGUUCAAUAUAAUAUUAUCGUUACAGCUUACCUCCAUCAUCCUCGAUAGUUAAAAACAACAAAAUUCAAGAUGAAACUGAUGAAAAUGAAUCUGUUAUCAUAGACUGUCAACUGGUUGAGUUUCUGAAAGAUGAAAUACUAUCACAAUCCACCAAUGUGCCCCGGGAGUUCAUCAUGCGCGUAGUGGUAUUAUUGAACCGUGGUUCAGUACUGUCUACGACCACCGCUUCUGCUGUACCCAGUUACCCCUACAGCAAUAGUGGUAUUAUUUUUUAAAUUUUGUAUAAAACAUGAUUUUCUCCAAUUAUAUUAUAUACUUUUUUUCUAAAACAUACCUAAACCAUCUGACUGUCAAAUACCAUUGUAUAUAGGGUUCGAUUCAAUGUUGAUGGUCGAUUGCCGCGAUGUUACUGGAGUUCCUAGUGGUACUGGCCCUAGCCCAGGCGUUGGUGGACCAUCACCACCAUCCAUUUUACGUGAACAGUUUGCCAAAGUGUGUUUCGAAACACUGUUGCAGUUUUCAUUAGUGGAUGGUAUCACUUCUACGUCCUCCUCAUCAUCUCCACCUCCGGAAACUGUGCAGGCACAAGCAAACCUCGACGACAUCGGUUCCGCCACAGAUGCUGUAUUGAUCACUGGAAAAUUGGCUGUGACGGCCCUGUUGCAUAGGUUCCAGGAAGUGGUCGAGAAAUUUUGUCAUGACCAAAAUCUAACUGGAAAAUGCCCUUUGCCGAGGUAAUUUUUUAAAAUAAUAGGAUGUCAGCACACUAAUUGUUCUUACUCUUCUAACCCAUUCAUAAUAUAUUAAAUUUGCUUUCAGCAGAGCCAAAAUUGUGUUAUUAGCUGAAGUCUUAGUGUGAAUUGACCUAUUAUCAUACUUAAGGUUAAGAAUAUUAUCUGUGUUUGUAUAUUGAUAUUUGCAUGAUAUUUAAAUUUUAAACCAAGAUAUGAGCAUUUUUAAAUUGUAAUAUUUUACGGGCUCGUAACUUACAUAAAAUGACAUUGACAUUGAAAUGUCAAAAAAAGCUAAUGCACAAACAUAGAUAAUUUUCUUUAUUUAAAGUUUGAUAAUAGAUCAAUUCACUCCAAUAUUUGGGCUAACAACACAAUUUUGGUUCUGCUGUUUUGUAUAAAUUAUGUUGUGCGUUGGUCAGAGAUAGAAAAUAAAUAGUGGCAUCUUUAUAAUGGAUUCUUAAAGACUGAUAUUAUAUUAUUUAUGAUGUGUGUAUACAGGUAUCGCAUGUCAGAAAUAUCAUUUGUAUUAAAAGCGAUAGCUACGCUCAUUGUGUCAUUGAAGAAAACUCCCGAUAAAGGUAAAUAUCCAGUGCUGUAUUAGGAUACUUUAAAUUAGUACCUAGAUACAGAUACAGAUCCUAUACUUAAAAAAGUAUCUAGACACAGAUACAAGUAUCUCAAGAGUAUCUUAAGAUAUAUUUAAUUCAUUAAUAAUAUAGAAUUAUAGAGUUAUAACAAAACAAGUAAGGGGUACAUAAUUUUUAAUACAAAUAUUUGUAUCUAUAUUUUCAACUUUACUGCGUAUGCGCCCACCAAUUUUGUGUUAGUUUGAACAUGUGUUGGAACAAACUUAUUAUUUCACUAGAUUUAAUAUUUUACUGACAUACCUACGAGUUUAUUCUGCUAUUACUACACUCCAACGAAUGCCAUUAUCUUGAACUACCUAUCUUCAGUUUUCUACUCAAACUUUUAAAAUCAACUUACCAAUUUACAACUUACAAGUCGUAUAAUUUUCUUCCUGGAUCUUCCUUGGGUUUCCAUUAUUACCGGUUUCACCAUAUUCCUUAUAGCUCCGUCGAACUUCCUUCCCCAGUUUCUUUUAUCCUUCGUAGGUAUAUCAUAGGCUAUAUCAGCGGUUCUCAACCUUUUUUCAUUCACACACCCCUUGACCACUCACUACUACUUUACGGACCCCCCAAAUGCCAAUUUUUCAUAUAUUUUCACAUAAGAUGUAUAUGAAUUAACGAAAUAAGUUUAAUAAUGAAAAAUUUGAUUUAUUUUGAUCAACAUGCGCAAUACAUUGUAUAUAUAAAAAUAAUAUUGAGUUAAAAAUGUAAUUUUAAUGUGAUCCUUGAGAUUGUUUGCUAGCACUUAACUUUUUGAAAUCUGGCUCCACGGAUGAUAAAUAAACUCGUAAGUCUGAACUCACCGAGAGUCUAUUGCGGUACUUAUUUUUAAUAAAUGUAUAUGACGAAAAGGCUCUCUCCACUAAUACAGAGCUCGUAAAUGGUAGUAAAACAUUGAAUGCUUUGUAAGAAAGCUCAGGAUAUUCGGCAAUUAAAGCAAGCGACUGACUAAUUAUUGGAAUACAAAUAUCAAACAAACCGUUCACAAGAAUAGUUUUAUCUGAAUUUAAGAUAAUAAAUACUAUGUAAUUGUGACAAGCAACGCCACAUUACCAGAUUACAUACAAUCUUAUCGUACCCGCCACUAUCGCUUAUCGCUAGAUAAGCUAUCGCUUAUCGCCUCCUAGAAUGAUAUAUUAUACCUAUUAUAGUAUUAUACUCUUAUUAUACACUUAUGCUAAAUCGUAUAAGUUACAAUACAUUGAAUAUAUAAAAAUAAUAUUGAGUUAAAAAUGUAAUUUUAAUGUGAUCCUUGAUAUUGUUUGCUAGCACUUAACUUUUUGAAAUUUGGCAUCUGGUGAAAUACACUUAUACUAAAUCGUAUAAGUUGCGAAAAACCUAUUUACAUCAUUUACAAUAUUUCACAACUAGUUUCACAAGUAAUUUCAAUUAAUUACAACAAAUUUCAAUUUUUUCGCCAUCACCCCUAGGGUCCGCGGACCCCCGGUUGAGAAUCGCUGGUCUAUAUAAUAAUUUCUGUUAUUACUUUGUUCUCAUAACUUCUUGAUUUUAUUACACUGUGAUACUAAUAUUAUUAUAAUGCAUAAUUUCACAGUCAAUAAAGCUGUUUGGGAUCAGUUGGUCCGACUGUACCCAUGUCUAGUACGGUGCGUGCCGCACACCCAACAGUGUUAUUCAUCGCCUCAAGUCACGGAUUCACUGACCGAAGCUUUGUUACAAUACGGUGAUCUGUUGCUCAAAUCGCCACCUCCGUCAAGCGCCACUGACGCUCAACAAGAAUAAGGGACACAAUAAUAAUUUGUGUAUAGUAUUAAAUAUUGUAACAAUUUUUUAUUAAUAUUAUUCUUCACGACGAGACAUUCCUCGUGACGCCGCCACAGCUGCCACUGACACCGCUGGCUGUCACAUGCCUUCUUUAUAAAUGAUUUUUAUUAUUAUCAUUAUUAUUAUUUUUUUUCAUUUUUCAUUUUGUUUUCUUUUUUUUACAAAGUCACUAACUAAGGCCCGUUCUUACAAUAUUUAGUUAACGUUAACCAAGCAGUUAAAUUUGAUGAAAGCCAGACAAUUUUGUCAGUUUAACGCAUGGUUAACCUUGAUAUUGUAAGGACCUAGCUAAUAUAGAAUCUAUUAAUACAGAUUCUGUAUUGGUCUGUGGUAUAGGUACAAACACAUGCGAGUAUUAUCAUUAUUAU